AAGCUGUAAUUCUAGUAAUUGUUCUUCAAUCGUCUAGAAAAAUCCAAAGAUUAAAAUUUACAUUGGAGCCCAAUUGUCAGUUUUAAAGGAAUUUAUGAAGUGUAAAAGUACAAAAAAAUUGAAAAAUAGUAGAAUUAGAAUUAUUCACAAGAAAAGCAGAGCAUUUGUUUGGUUAUACGAGGUUAUGAGUAAUAUGUACGACAACCAACGAACGUAUAGAACAGUAUUCCAAUUUGAUAUAGAAACAUAAUCACAUAAGUAAACAAAGCAAGUUGAGUUGAGUCUCUUUACGAUGACAAUUUUCGAAAAACAAAUCUCAGCGCCUUGCUUAUAACUACCAUAAGUCUAAAGGCAGUAAUGGGACGUAAAUAAGAAGGGACAUAAAGUCCAAAAUGAGAGUGAUCUAUUUGUAACAUUAUUUCUUUUCUCAAAACUUAUUCAACGAUGGUUCAGACAAGUAGUUGAAUACCUCUGUCUUGGCCGUUACGUCUGUCAUAAUUGAUGCCUGCUAGGGAAACCCUUUUGUGAUACUAGAUUCUAGAGGAUGUUCCUAGUAAUAGCUCCUUACUUUGAUCCCUUCCGAGGCAAGUAUUUGUCCUUUAUGGAUAUGAUGCCAACAUUUUCAGACUGAAUAAUAUGAAGCAAAUUACAAUCACUGUUCAUUCGUAAUUCCAAUUUUAGAAGUUUUACAGAAGUAUAGGAGCAAAUCUCAAAGGAGCCCUAGAAGAAACUUCUGAGAUUGCCUUAAAAAUCAACCAUCUCAUAUACUGAAAUCUUUUGCGCCCGGAAGAGUUAGAUCCAAAAUAAUAGAACAGAAAAUAGUCCUUAUUUAGCUAAAUUUUACUCUGUAUAUCUGAUUCGUAUCACAGGUUCAAGUUAGUUGUAUAUCGUUUUAGCAAUGAUUAUUGUCCUCAUAGAAAACAGUACUUUGACAAGAAUCCUCAAGAGAAAAAUUUCAUUCUUUGUGCUUGUUUUCUUUUCUUUUCUUUUUUUUUACAUAUUUAAUAGCUGCUAUAAAAGGCCGUGUCAUACGUGUGUCAAAAACGAAUAAACCGAUUUGGCAAGUGGCAGUUUACUUUUAUAAAGCAAAUCCAUUUAAUUGAUCCUUAUUUCACGAAAGCCUCAUAUUCUUUGGCACUUAAAAAUUCCCAUCUUCAUCUACUUUUUAUCUGCUGCACUCAUACGAGAACAAUAACAAGAGAGUGACAAAGAAUUGGUUGGUUCGACAUUUCUCAGUUGUACACUUCCUUUUCUUUAUUCUUAAUUAUUUCUAUUAUAUUAGAAAUACUUGAAGCUAUAUUUAGGGAUUUCCAAAUUUAUUUAACAGAUAUAAGCUCAUGGAUGCACUAGAGCCAGAAUUGGAAAAAAUUUUAGAUUUUGAACAGUAUGGGACCUUAACACCUAUUGCACAAGAUGAUGGAGUAAAUCCAUUGGCAAAAAUAAAUUAUUCCAAGGAAUAUGAACAGGGAAUGGCUUAUUUCCGCGCUUUGGCCGCCAAACAGGAAUAUUCAAUAAGGGCAUUCAACUUAACUUGUUUUCUUAUUAUGCAUAAUCCAGCUCAUUAUACGGUAUGGGCAUACAGGUUUCAAGUCCUUAAUCAUAUUCCAGAGCUUAUUCCGCAGGAAUUGGCGUGGCUCGAUUCAGUCAUCGAAGACUUUCAGAAAAACUACCAAGUCUGGCACCACAGACAGAAGCUUCUCGGAAUUACAAAAGAUUAUAAACAUGAAUUAGAAUUCACAAAAGACAUGUUUGCAUCAGACGCUAAGAAUUAUCACGUUUGGUCUUACCGACUGUGGAUUUUACAAAGUUUUCAGGACUACACAGAAGAGUUAAGCUUAACAAGCUAUUUACUAGAAGAUGAUGUAUAUAACAAUUCUGCCUGGAAUCAUCGAUUCUAUGUGCUUUUUGAAUCAAAUGCGAAACUUGAAAGAAGCUUGCAAGACGAAUUGGACUUUCUGAAUGACAAGCUCUCCAAGUCACCGGACAACCAAAGCGCUUGGAACUAUUUGAGUGGAAUUUUGAAAAAGGUAGGACCGAAUCAACUAGGUGGUAUUGCAAAUCAGUUAGAAAAACAACUUCCAUCUUCUAACAGAUUCCUUUUGGAGUUUUUGGCUGAAUAUGAUCCUACACGCUCAAAAGUUAUUUACGAAAAGCUAGCGAACGAAGUCGACACAGAUAAUCAAUUACUGUGGAAUUGGAUGAUUCAGCAAGUACCUCGCACAUGAAACAAAAUGAUAACAAGCUGUCUACGAUUGCUAGAUGUUCAGUGAGAAAUGAAGCUUUAAGAAUUAAACAAUUUAGAAAUCAUCAUAAUUAUAUUCCUUGUAAGUAAUAGUAGGUAUGUUUAUAU